UCCGAAGAAUCAUUGGGGCCUAAACUCCCGCCAUUUUUCUCUGUUCUCCUAGCAGUCCUUCACUCCUCACAAACCCCUCACUCUUUCUCGACUAAUUCUCUUCCUUCCAUCUCUUCCCUCCUUUUGAUGCUCGCUCUCCGUUCAUGCUCUUCUCCGCUAUUCAUUUCCUUUUCUCAUCGCUCCAAUUCUUUCUCUUCUCUCCUUUUCUGCUUUCCCUUCUCUAAAUCUUCCUUUCUUCCUAAUCCUCCUCAUCUCUUUGUCAAAUUGAGUCCUCAGUCCACAAUGUCUUCUCGCCCAUCCGCUUUCGACACCCUCAUGUCAAAUGCGCGCGCCGCCGCCAAAAAAAAAUCACAGUCACAAUCCUCCCCACCCAAGAAACGCAAAAGCCCUGAUUCCCGAAACCCUACUAAAACCCUCAGUUCCGUUGAAGCAGAAGCUCCGUCGAAUCCCCCUAUCCCUGAUUCAAAAGUUUCUCAAGAUGAAACAAACAAGUCCAAAGUAGACAAAAAAAUGGUAAAUAAGCCCCAAAUCCCUGGCUCGGAAAACCCUAGUUUAUCUUUCGUUAAAUUGGGUCAAGAAAGAGUUAUUAAUAGCAAGAAACAACGUGUGGAAAUUGCGGACUUGAAGAGUAAGAUUGAGUCAUUGAAGAAGAGUCCCGGGGAUUUUGACCCCAAAAAAGUGUUGUCUUGGGAGAAGGGCGAGAGGGUUCCUUUUAUAUUUGUCUGUUUGGGUUUUGAGUUGAUUGAAAAAGAGAGCGGGAGGAUUUUGAUCACUAAUAUGGUGUGCAAUAUGUUGAGAACUGUAAUGGAUACGACGCCUGACGAUUUGCUAGCAUUGGUAUAUCUUUUGGCUAACAAGGUUGCGCCUGCGCAUGAGGGAGUGGAGCUGGGAAUUGGAGAAUCAAUCAUUAUCAAAGCACUUGCUGAGGCGUUUGGGAGGACUGAGAAGCAAGUCAAGAAGCAAUUAGAGGGAACGGGAGAUUUAGGACUUGUUGCUCAAGCAAGCCGCUCAUCACAAUCUAUGAUGCGCAAGCCUGAUGCGUUAACGAUUGCCAAAGUUUUCAAUACAUUUCGGCUGAUUGCCAAGGAAUCUGGGAAGGAUAGUCAAGAUAAGAAAAAGAACCAUAUCAAGGCACUUCUUGUUGCAGCCACUGACUGUGAACCUCUAUAUCUAAUUCGUCUGCUUCAGGGAAAGCUGCGAAUUAGUUUGGCAGGACAGACUCUUUUGGCUGCACUGGGACAAGCUGCUGUAUAUACUGAAAAAAAUUGCACUCCACCUUCACACAUCCAGUCUCCUUUAGAUGAGGCUGCAAAGAUUGUUAAACAAGUCUACUCUGUACUUCCUGUGUAUGAUAAAAUAGUCCCUGCUCUUCUUAGUGAUGGUGUAUGGAAUCUUCCCAAGUCAUGUAGCUUUACGCCUGGUGUCCCCAUUGGACCAAUGCUUGCAAAGUCAAUCAAAAAGGUUUCUGAGAUAGCAGAUAAGUUCCAGAAUAUGGACUUCACUUGUGAAUACAAGUAUGAUGGAGAGCGUGCCCAGAUACAUUACCUGGAGAAUGGUUCAGUCGAGAUAUACAGUCGAAACGCUGAGCGGAAUACUGGAAAAUAUCCAGAUGUUAUAGUUACGAUUUCAAGAUUAAAGAAGGGACCUGUAAAAUCAUUUGUUUUGGACUGUGAAAUAGUUGCUUACAACCGAGAGGAAAAACAAAUUCUGCCCUUUCAGAUCCUUAGUAGUCGGCCCCGCAAAAAUGUUGUGAUGAGUGACAUCAAGGUUAAUGUUUGCAUAUUUGCAUUUGAUAUGUUGUAUCUUAAUGGCGAACCACUUAUUCAGAAACAAUUAGAAGUUCGUAGACAGCGGCUUUAUGACUCAUUUGAGGAAGACCCUGGAUAUUUUCAGUUUGCAACAGCUGUAACAUCAAAUGAUCUUGAGGAAAUUCAAACGUUCCUUGGUGCUGCUGUUGAUGCUAGUUGUGAGGGUUUAAUCAUCAAAACAUUGAACAAAGAUGCCACAUAUGAGCCUUCCAAGCGAUCGCUGAACUGGCUAAAAUUGAAGAAAGAUUACAUGGACAACAUUGGGGACUCGCUGGAUCUUGUACCUAUUGCUGCUUUCCAUGGUCGUGGGAAACGUGCAGGUGUCUAUGGUGCUUUUCUUCUCGCUUGUUACGACAAAGAUAAUGAAGAGUACCAAAGCAUAUGUAAAAUAGGAACUGGAUUUUCUGAGCAAGUGCUUGAAGAUCUCUCUAAUGGGCUUCGUUCUAAAGUGAUUCCUAAACCAAAGCCAUACUAUAGGCAUGGUGAUAAAAUUAAUCCAGAUGUGUGGUUUGAGCCCAGUGAGGUAUGGGAGGUGAAAGCUGCAGACUUGACUAUUAGCCCUGUUUAUAGUGCUGCACUUGGCAAAGCGGAAAGAGACAAGGGUGUUUCGCUGCGAUUCCCACGACUAGUAAGAGUCCGGACGGACAAGUCUCCAGAGGAAGCCACAACAUCUAAUCAGGUUGCUGAGAUGUAUGAUGCUCAAAAGCCUAAUCAACCAAACAAUAAUCAAGCGAAAAAUCAAGAUGACAGUGAAGAUGAUUGAGGCUAAGAUUUUCUGAUGUUCCAGUCAUUUUUCAGAGAAUUUUCUUUGUAAAGAUCAGCAGCAUUGUGGAUACUUGUGAGUAGAGCCCUAUGAACAUGGAUUGACUUUCGAGUCUAAUACUGAAAACGGGACUGCGUAAUCAUGUCUUAUCAGAUUUGUGCUCAUUUACUUGGUGCAGGAUGCAACGAAAUGAAAUUUUCCAUCUGAUUCAAAUUGUAUCCAGUUGGUCGAAAAUUUCCCAUAAUCUGAAUUGUGGGAUUUCAAAAUCAUUGGCUUUGUACACUACACAGGAGUGUCUGAUUAGUCUUUUUUUCGUUUUCUUUGUUUCUUUUCUUUCUUCCUGAGAAAAUAAUUUAUUAACAUAAUGCAAUGCUUUUGUGCUUUCUAGA